GGAGCUCGUCGUCAACUUCUUCGGCCUUGGCCUUGGCCAGUCUCAACAAUGGUCAAGUGCCGCUGACUUCCGCUGCCAGCACUUCAUCUUCGGCGGGAGCAGCUCUGACCCGGUCACUGUUCUUGUACCUUGGCAAGUGGCCGAAUUGUUGGAUAUCAGUCGACGCAGACUGACUUUUGGUCUAGGAUUCAUGUUCCGAAGACCUUCGAAACUGUUCCGACCGUCCAGAGUGGACACUUUCGGAGGUCUGAAGCACCUCGCCUUGUCGACUGAUCAGAAUCUGUCGGCCUCCUUCAUUCGCUCAUUGAUGAGCAGCAAGCAGGGACUUAUCGCUGUGACACUGACCAUCCUUCCGCCCUUACUCAUCAAUACCACCCUUGGAUUUCUCCUGUUCACUUCUCAUUCCUUCUUCUCCCUGUCGCUUGCCAAAUUGCCUUUCUUUCAUCACCCCCAUGAUCCGACCUCCUCAUCAUCAAAUUAUCACCCUUCCCACCUCGACCUAUCUGAGACAGAUGGGACGGAUCGCAUCAAUCUCCAUACGCUCAUGACUGGACCGAGUGUCAUCCCUUAUCACCCAACGCUUUUAUCCGCCAUCGCCGGUGCGGGAGCUGGUCUCCUCCAAGGCGCAGCUUUUACACCCAUCGAAAAUGUCGUCAAACUUUUGCGCGACUCCGCCAGCUCCAUAACAUCUAUCCUACUCCGCGUACUUCAGCUACCCCUUCCAAAGCCUGCUACGACUGUGAAUACGCCUGCAUCUCCUCUUCAAGCCCUAAAGCAGUUUUUAUCAAGCGAAAGCUGGGUCAAGAGUCCAUCUUGGUGGACAGGAUGGAGGUGGGCGAUGGCUCGAGACGCCAUCAGCUACAGUGUAUUCUUCGCUGCCUUCGAUGUGACUCGUCGUGUCGCUCUGCGUGUCAGAGGGUUCAUGACCGGAACCUAUGAGCAAUCAUGGUCAAAUUUUAUCCUCUUUUCACCUCGACAGCCCACUCCUAACGAUGAAGACAGCUCAGGGCACGCUCCGACUUCCGCUCGAGUUGCUCAAGCAGUGACUAUCGUCACGGGCGGUGUAAUGGCUUCAGUAGCUGCAGAAGUCGUCUCAAGACCAAUACGGGCCAGUCAAAAGAUCCUCUCCGGUCCAGAAGCACUGUCGAGUCGGUAUCCACUCCUGCACACGUACAAGACUCAGGGGAUCAAGCCCUUCAUCCGAUCAGAGACUUCCCUUGCUCGGAUAGCUUCAGAAAGUCCAUUGCGUCGAGCGGUCAAACGGCUAGGGUGGAGAAUGGCAGCUGUUGGCCCUUGGGGAUUUGGUUUUCUCGUUUGGGCGUGGGUAGGAGGAGAAGUAUAAACUGCAAUCCAGCGGCAUCCCUGUAGCAUAGUUUUCUUGAUUCACAUCGUUAUCACCAUAAACCUAUGAAUGAACCUAUAGACCAAGCUAAAGUGAUGCUUCCGACUGGCAAGAUCCCGACGUAGACGAUAAGAUCCUGCCAUAAUCUUCUGCCUAAUCUUCUCUUCUGUAAUUGCCUCUCCUUCCUGGCCAGCAAGACAUCUGUUGACGGGUCGUUCAGACUGUCUGAACGAGAAUGAGCUCUAGGUAAAUC